AUGCGUUGGUGUCUAAAACACCCAACCAACAGGUUGUCGUUGUCGGAAUCGAAGAUUGGACUCGAACAACAAUCCGAUGUGCUAAGAAAAUGGUAUUAUCCAGCGGAACGCACUUCGGACAACAGUGACCGUCUGCUCGACUUAUAUGAACAGACGGGCCUCAUCAUUGUUCCCACGUUUAAGAGGGAUCAUCGACGCCAUCACCUCACAUGUCAGGGAGCAACCCUUUUAACGCCUGAAGAGCAGCGCAUGCGGAAGAUGAGGACCCUAAAGCUUCAGCUAGACUACGUUCUGGCGAGGAACAUUGCUCAGUCAAAUAUCCGAAAUUCUACAGCUGUUUGA